UCAAACAGAUCAACCAAAAAUAAAAACUAGUCUGCGAAUCAAAUAUAUAUAUAUAUGGGGAAGCCUUUCUUGGUGGUGCUAUGGCUGACCAGCAUCCUAGUAGUCUCCGAGGGACAAGAUGAGACACUACUGUCGGUGUUCCAAGGACCAACAGAGGUAACCAUAAGGCUGAGUCGUGACCCCGUGUCUCUGUCAGAGGGCUCCGCAGAUUACGGCCACAUGGUUCACAAGAGCCCCGUGGCGAUCAUGAACCCGGUGGCCACGAGUGACAUAUCGGUGCUCAUAAAAUUCUCAAACUCGUUGACCGUUCCGUUCAAAGUGGCGGCGAGAGGGGAGGCUCACUCGGUGAGCGGGCAAGCCAUGACAGAUGGUGGGGUUGUGGUGAACAUGAGCAAUUUCAGAGACGUUAAUAAUGGCGGUGGGGUGCUUGUGACGUCGGAGAGUACGGCGGCGAUCGGCGAUUACGUGGACGUUGGUGGUGGGCAGAGGUGGAUCGAUGUUCUGCGUGACACGCUCAAACGUGGGCUCUCACCUCGUUCUUGGACGGAUUACUUGUAUUUGACUGUCGGUGGUACACUGUCUAAUGCUGGGAUUAGUGGCCAAACCUUCAGGUUUGGUCCUCAGAUUCAAAAUGUUUACGAGCUCGAUGUUGUUACAGGGAAAGGAGAAGAAGUGACAUGUUCUCCUGAAAUUAACUCGGACCUUUUCUACGCUGUUCUUGGAGGUUUAGGCCAAUUUGGGAUCAUUACCAGAGCCAGAAUUGCUCUAGGGUCGGCACCAUCCAGGGUGAAGUGGCUGCGAUUGCUUUACAAUGACUUCUCUGUACUAACUUCAGAUCAAGAAAGACUAAUCUCGAUGAACGAAAGCGUGCAAACCAACAUCCCUAAUUACUUAGAAGGAUCGCUUCUGCACAAUGAAUCAUCCUUGGAUCUUUCCUUCUAUCCACAGACUGAUCGUCCAAGAAUCACUUCCCUCAUCAACCAAAACGGCAUCGUCUACAUCUUAGAGCUUGCCAAGUAUUACACCAACGAUUCUCAGACAACCGUCGACAAGGAAGUGGAGGAGCUGAUAAGUCGGUUAAAGUUUGUGCCUACGUUUGUGUUCGAGAAGGAUGUGUCAUACGAAGAGUUUCUGGACCGGGUUCGCAGUGAUGAGCUUGUUCUUAGGCCUCAAGGACUCUGGGAUCUUCCUCAUCCAUGGCUCAACAUAUUCGUUCCAAAAUCUCGAAUCUUGGAUUUCGGUGAAGGCGUCUUCAAUGGCAUUCUUCUCAACCAAAACCUUUCUGCAGGAGUCGUCCUCUUCUAUCCCAUGAGUCGAAACAAGUGGGAUGAUAAGAUGUCUGCUAUGAUUCCAGACGAAGAAAUUUUCUACGUUGUGAGUCUUCUGCAGACGAGCACGUAUGAUAAAGUGGAAGCAUACCAGAAACGAAACCAGAUGGUGUUGCAGUUCUGUAAGGAUGCUGGUAUUCAGAUAAAGCAAUAUCUUCCGCACAACAUGACGAGGAACGAUUGGACCGAUCACUUUGGAGUCAAAUGGAAGGUUUUUCAACAGAGAAAAGCUCGAUAUGAUCCCAAUCAUAUUUUGUCACCUGGGCAAGGCAUUUUCACUGAACAAUAAAUAUAAUUAAGCUGCGCGCGCGCGCCCCUUUCUCUUCUUGUUCAUCUUAAUUUGUAUUUUAGUAUUCGAUCAUACCACCAGAAUUAGGUCAAUUUAUGUAUAAAUAAGUGGACGGUUUUAAUUUGAAGCUAAAUGUAAACAAUAACGUCUAUGCCAUCUUUAUGGUAAAUAUUGCAAUUGCUUAAAGA